GUUUCGUUUCGUAGCUCGACUAAAACAUAUUUUUUAAAUUUUUUGGCGUAAUUUUCGAAGAUAAACAGCGGGAAUGGCGGCCUGUACGGAAAUAAUAGACGACAUUGAAGACCUCAUCCAGUCGCAGGACAUCACUCCCAAAGAAAGAUAUGCCAACAAAUCUAACGUAACAGUGCGAGCUAAACGAAUCCGAAAAGCCAUCGAAGCCAAGGAGAAAGAUGCAGCAGUUCCCGAGAAAAGUGUCCUGGAGAGUGUCAUUCCGGGAACUCAAUCGAUUUACCUGAAAACGUGGGGAUGUGCGCACAACAAUUCCGAUAGCGAAUACAUGGCCGGUCAACUUGCUUCCUAUGGGUAUAACAUAACUUCCGAUAAAUCCGAUGCGGAUUUAUGGUUGCUGAAUAGUUGCACGGUGAAGAAUCCGUCCGAGGAUACUUUCCGAAACGAAAUUCAAGCGGCUAAUAAAAUGGGCAAGCACGUCGUACUAGCCGGAUGUGUUCCGCAAGCUGCUCCCAAGUCGGAUUACAUGCACGGUUUAAGUAUAGUUGGCGUCCAUCAGAUCGAUCGCGUUACGGAAGUGGUGGAAGAAACCCUGAAGGGACAUUCCGUCCGUUUGCUCCAAGCGAAGAAGCUCAACGGAAAGAGAGUGGCAGGCCCUCAGCUAGCCCUGCCGAAAGUGAGGAAAAACCCGUUGAUUGAGAUCAUUCCCAUCAAUUCGGGCUGCUUGAAUGCGUGCACGUACUGCAAAACGAAAUUUGCCCGGGCGGACCUGGUCAGUUAUCCUGUGGAGGAGAUCGUUCAAAGAGCAGCUCACGUUUUCACCGAAGGCGUUUGCGAAAUUUGGCUCACUUCUGAGGAUACUGGAACGUAUGGUCGAGAUAUUGGAACAUCACUUCCGGAACUGUUAUGGCAGUUAGUUGCAGUCAUACCGGAUGGAUGUAUGCUUCGUUUGGGCAUGACAAAUCCACCUUAUAUCCUAGAGCAUCUGGAGGAAAUGGCCAAAAUUCUUGCUCACCCCAAGGUUUACAGUUUCCUUCAUGUGCCCAUCCAGAGCGGCUCCGACUCUGUGCUUUCGGACAUGAAACGAGAGUAUUGUCGUUCUGAUUUCGAACAAAUAGUUGACUUCCUGAACGACAAAGUGCCUGGGAUAACCAUUGCCACGGAUAUAAUUUGCGGUUUUCCGACGGAAACGGAAGAGGACUUCGAACAUACGAUGACACUGUGUGAGAAGUACAAGUUUCCAAGCUUGUUCAUCAAUCAAUUCUAUCCCAGGCCAGGAACACCAGCUGCAAAAAUGCAACGGAUACCAGCGGAUCAAGUGAAAGUUCGCACUAAGCGUUUGACGGAUCUGUUCUACACUUAUGAACCGUACGUAGGAAAGUACGUACUUGGGGACCGCCAGAAAGUUCUGGUAACUGAAAUCUCGCACGACAAAAAACAUUACGUUGGUCACAACAAGUGCUAUGAACAAGUACUUCUACCCAUGGAUAAGAACUUGUUGGGAAAACUUGUUGAGGUUGAAAUUGUUGGCAUAACAAAAUUCAGCAUGCUCGCCAAGGUAGUCCAAGAGGAGAAAGAUUGGGUCAGAUGUACGACCUUGGAGAACGGCAAACAAGCAUUGGAGGUUGACGGUAGUGUCAUCAAGAUUGUCUCCAAGGACGAUAAAACUCACUCCUAUGCUGUCUUUUUAUUUUUUGCGUUCAUAUCCUGCGGCAUUGCACUGAUUUGCCGUUAUUUUAUGUUUUCGAUGUAGAAAUGAAUAAAAAAGUUAUAAUAAAAAAAAACAUUUCAAUCGUUUUAUUAGAUCCGUUUUGCUAUCACUAAAUUUCCAUAAAUCCAGUACUGUUCGACAAGUGUACGUUAUCUUUCUUA